UGUUCCUGGCUGCACUGUGCAGAUACCUGGAGGCACCAUGGCUCUUCUAACAUUUCUUGUUUUAGCCUUUUUUAGUUUACCACAGUUCCAAAAGGCAGAAGUGGUUACAGAUUUUAGUACAUGUCAAGAUUUCUUUUACAAGAAGACUGCACCAGCUGGUUUUGACCAAAACCUCAUUAAAAUCUGUCAGAAGUAUAAUGAUCUGUACCGUUAUGCUACUCUGUAUUCUACUUUCCGCCGUAUACCAAUUUACAGCGCUUACACAUUUGAUUUUGCCUGUGGGAAUAAUACUGAAGGCAGACGUGCAACAUGGUUUAUUGAGAGGCAGCUCUCAAUCCCAAGUGAUCCUCAUGAUAAUAUGGAUCUCCCAAGAAAUGACAGAGAAAUGCUUAAACAAAACCAAGCUAUCGAUCGCUUUUAUGAAAACACAAACUAUGACCGGGGUCAUUUAAAUCCAAAUAAUUUUCAGUGCAAUGAUGGGAGGAUUGCAACUUUCACUCUCACAAAUGCAGUGCCAAUGGACGCCUGCUUCAAUCGAGUUCUGUGGAAAGAGUAUGAAGAUGAAACUCGGAAUGUUCUUGAACGCUUAAGGAAUAAAGGUAUCGCUUAUCUUGUUUCUGGAGUAGUGCCUUCAGUGAAUAAGAUUCCAAUUCAAAAGAUAGAUGAGACAGAAGAGGAAAGAGAUUUCUUCAUGGUGACUCUUCCCAGUCACAUAUGGACUGCUGUAUGCUUUGAGGCUUAUGAUACCACCAAGUCUUUUUCUUUUGGUUACUUGGGUAUCAACAAACCUGAUGCCAUAAUUGAGCCAAUGGAAAUCUUAACACUUGAGGAGCAAUUGCAAGCACUCUAUGAGAAUCCAUCUCUAAACAUUUUUCAAGAUGAUUGUGGUGCCUCUACCCAGAAUUCUCAGAAAAUUCUCAGAAACCUAAAAAAAAAGAUCUUUCUGCCACAAAAAGGAAGAAGCAUGUACUCUAAUUCUGUACCAGAAGUAAGAAGAACAUGGGAUGCUACUGUUUUGACAAAGCGGAGGAGAGCAUCAAGUCAAGAACCAGUUAGACAUAAGAGAAUAGUAAAAAUGGAAAUGGACUUAUCUUUUGAUAAUUUGAAUGAAUGGCAGGAAAACAAUGAAAUUUUCAAGGAGCAGACAAAAUUUGCUUGUGUUUUAAUGAGUGGCCAUCUCACAGCAUCAGUUCAUAGUCAUCAUCAUAUUCAGCGUCGCUCAGACGACAACCUCAUUUGUACCCUUGUUCCUGAGAAAUCAAGCUAUGCAUCAGAUGUUACUGCUGAUGGGACAAGGUGCCUGGAAGGGAACAUAUGUAAUGUCUCAUGUCUAACAGAACAUGGCAUCAUGCCCUGUUGUACAACACCAUGUCUAUAUGACUAUGAGAGCAAGUUAUUCAUAUGUUCUUCUGGAAAUCAGUGUGUUAUUUGUUCUCCUCAAUAUUCCACCAUAACCCAAUCUGGAAAAUCUUGCAAAAACAGUGAGUGUGCCACCCAAGGUGAGAAGAAAUACUGGUGUUACACAGAUGGUAAAGUAAAGGAAUACUGUAAUCCACCUCAUGUACCAGCCAAUUUAGGCCCUCUGGCAUGCCUUGUUAACACAGAUAAAUGGUUAACCUUCACAGCAGACAAUGGAAAGUUGUGGUGUAGCAAGAAUUGUAAAGGUGAUGCUUGUAAAAUUGGGGUGAAGAGUGAAUAUGAUGAUGCACUCUGCAAGUACAAAGCAUCAUUUAGCAAGAGUGGCAACAUUCUGCUGCAGGACAGACGGGGUAUGUACCUCUGCAGAAGUCCGGAGAAUUCUACUCAAUACAUCCAAGCUGCUAAGCACCAGCCUGAUGCCUCCUGUGAAUUUGAAGUCUCUGUAAUGAAUGGAAAGGUGCUCUUCAAAGCUGAUAAUGGCAAGAUGCUAAGCAGAAUCUUCCGUGAUUCGUCCGACAACAUAGAGGCAGAAAAAAAUUCCCCAGAUGUUUCCUGCGAGUUUACUGUCAGUACUGGAGCGGACAAUGUAGGCCCACUGGCAUGCUACAUUGAUACAGAGAAACUGGUAACAUUUGUGGCAGAUAAUGGAAAGUUUUGGUGCAACACCAUUUGUAAAGAUGACACGUGUAGAAUUCAGGUGGAUGAAAAAUAUGACGACACACAGUGCAAGUAUAAGGUAUCUCAAGCCAGGAAUGGUAAGAUUCUGCUGCAGGAUAGACGGGGUAUGUACCUUUGCAGAAGCCCUGAGUAUUCCAUUGAAUACAUCCAAGCUGCUAAGCACCAGCCUGAUGCCUCCUGUGAAUUCCAAGUUUCUGUGAUGGAUGGAAAUGUGCUCUUCAAAGCAGAUAAUGGAAAGAUGCUAAGCAGAAUUCCUCGCGGCUCAGAGGACAACAUUGAGGCAGAAAAAGCUUCUCCAGAUGUUUUCUGCAAAUUUACUGUCCACAGUGGAGAGAACAUUGGAGGUAGCACUGGACGUGACACGGGAGUGAAAAAUUUAAGUCCAUUGGUGUACAGUAUUGUUUCAAAUAACUGGAUAACAUUUGUGGCUGAUAAUGGAAAGUACUGGUGCAACAAGCUUUGUACACAAGUAGCAUGUAGAAUUCAAGUGGUUGAAAACUAUGAUGAACUACACUGCAGGUAUAAAGUGUCUCAAGCCAGGAAUGGUAAGAUUCUGCUGCAGGAUAGACGGGGUAUGUACCUUUGCAGAAGCCCUGAGUAUUCCAUUGAAUACAUCCAAGCUGCUAAGCACCAGCCUGAUGCCUCCUGUGAAUUCCAAGCUUCUGUGAUGGAUGGAAAUGUGCUCUUCAAAGCAGAUAAUGGAAAGAUGCUAAGCAGAAUUCUUCGCGGCUCAGAGGACAACAUUGAGGCAGAAAAAGUUUCUCCAGAUGUUUUCUGCAAAUUUACUGUCCACAGUGGAGAUAACAUUGGAGGUAGCACUGGACGUGACACGGGAGUGGACAAUGUGAGUUCUUUGGCAAAUAUUAUUGGUUCAGAGAAAUGGAUAACAUUUGUGGCUGAUAAUGGAAAGUUUUGGUGCCAUGAGCUUUGUACGGCUGUGUCUUGCAAAAUUAAAGUCAAUUAUAACUAUGAUGAUACACAGUGCAGGUAUAAGCUGUCUCAGGCCAGGAAUGGGAAGAUUCUGCUGCAAGACACAAGAGGCAUGUACCUCUGCAGAAGCCCUGAGUAUUCAAUUAACUACAUUCAAGCUAUUAAAAACCUGCCUGAUUCCUCCUGUGAAUUCCAAGUCUCCAUGAUGGAUGGAAAGGUGCUCUUCAAAGCUGACAAUGGCAAGAUGCUUAGCAGAAUCCUACGUGGCUUGGAAGACAACAUUGAGGCAGAAAAGGCUUCUCCAGAUGUUUUCUGCCAGUUUACUGUCAUUAUUGAAAUGAAAAAUGUAAGUCCAUUGGUGUACAGUAUUGUUUCAAAUAACUGGAUAACAUUUGUGGCUGAUAAUGGAAAGUACUGGUGCAACAAGCUUUGUACACAAGUAGCAUGUAGAAUUCAAGUGGUUGAAAACUAUGAUGAACUACACUGCAGGUAUAAAGUGUCUCAAGCCAGGAAUGGUAAGAUUCUGCUGCAGGAUAGACGGGGUAUGUAUCUAUGCAGAAGUACUGUGAAUUCCAUUCAAUAUAUCCAAGCUGCUAAGCACCAGCCUGAUGCCUCCUGUGAAUUCCAAGCUUCUGUGAUGGAUGGAAACAUGCUCUUCAAAGCGGAUAAUGGAAAGAUGCUAAGCAGAAUCCUUCGGGGUUUGGAGGACAAUAUUGAGGCAGAAAAAGAUUCUCCAGAUAUUUUCAGCAAAUUUACUGUCAACACUGGUGUGACUGAUGUGGGCCCAUUGGCAUGCUUCAUUAAUACAGAGAAAUAUAUAACAUUCAUGGCUGAUAAUGGAGGGAUCUGGUGCAACAGGCUUUGUAGAGGUGAUGUGUGCAGAAUUCUGGUGGAUAAAGCAUUUGAUGACAAAAGGUGCAUGUAUAAGGUGUCUCAGGCCAGCAAUGGCAAGAUUCUGUUGCAGAACAUACGGGGUAUGUACCUCUGCAUAAGUUCAGAGUAUAACAUUUCAUACAUUAAAACUGCAAAGCACUACCCUGAUGCCACCUGCGAAUUUGAAGUCUUUGUGGAGGAUGGAAAGUUGCACUUCAAAGCUAGUAAUGGAAGGAUGCUAAGCAGAAUCUACCGUGGCCAAGACAACAUUGAGGCAGAAAAACCUUUUUUUGAUCAUUUUGGCAAGUUUACUGUUAUUCCUCAAUGCCAAAUGUCAAAUGUCUAAAUGACUAAACUGCAAACAAAAUUAUGAUUUUGUUUUUCAUAAUACUUUUGUAAAGACUCAAAUAAGUUUGCAAAUGCUUAUAAAAAUGAUAAGAUUCAUAUACCGGUUCAACUCAUUUGAUUAUAUGAUCAAAUGUAUUUGUUUUUACUUGGAAGCAAUGGGGUCAAGACUCACUAUAUACUGUAUAUAUAAUAUAUGUGAUGUUUUAAAAAGUAAUUGCAAUCAUUAGUUUUUCAAAAUCAGUUAUGGUAAUUCAAGAUCAUUUCUGGUUUCAGCUUGUCUAACAGGAACCUUGGAGAAUGAAGUGGAUCAAGUAAUAUGGGGUUGGGUACAACCUUAAGGGCUAAUGUAUGGCAUACAUUAAGAAGAAAUCAAAAAGGAUUUUUUUCUGAUAAAUGAAUUUAAUAUUACAGAAAGGCUGCAAAAUUGGAGUGGCUAUAGAUAUCCAUCCAUCCAUUUUCCAACCCGCUGAAUCCAAACACAGGGUCACGGGGGUCUGCUGGAGCCAAUCCCAGCCAACACAGGGCACAAGGCAGGAAACAAUCCUGGGCAGGGUGCCAACCCACCGCAGGACACACACAAACACACCCACACACCAAGCACACACUAGGGCCAAUUUCGAAUCGCCAAUCCACCUAACCUGCAUGUCUUUGGACUGUGGGAGGAAACCGGAGCGCCCGGAGGAAACCCACGCAGACACGGGGAGAACAUGCAAACUCCACGCAGGGAGGACCCGGGAAGCGAACCCAGGUCCCCAGAUCUCCCAACUGUGAGGCAGCAGCGCUACCCACUGCGCCACCGUGCCGCCCGGCUAUAGAUAUUUCAGGUAAAACUCAAAAGCUUAGUUUCAAACAUAUCAGGGAAAUGUAAUUAGUGUAGGAAGUGUAUUACCCAGACAUAUGGUCCUUAUCUAAAAACAUAACACUCCUGGUUCUCAUAAAAUCGGAGAGGAAAUGUUCAAUGUUGAGGAAAGUAUGGUGUUAAGAGUAUAAGGUGAAAAAUACAUUGUAUCUUUGAAUAGCACAAGCGUAGUCCUGGUGUAGUAAAGUAAAAAGAAAAACAACUAUGAAGUGAAUUGUUUUGCUUUAAAUGUGGAAAAAAUUAACUUCAGUAAACUGAUUUUGAGUGUUUUCACAGCUAGUGAAAGUGAGAAGGUGAAUGAAAAACACAUGUAAAAAUAUUCUUGGGUAGAGGAAAAUAGAAGCAAGUGGAUACUGGGAAAGUUAUGAUAUGACUAGUCAUUUAGCCCGUUACAAUAACGGGUGCUAGAAUAGUAGUGCAUAAACAUUAGUAGGAACAGUCUAUAUUAAAAGGCAAAGGACCGUCUAUUUUCUGUUACAGUAAUACUGGCUUGUAUGUGUCUGUAAUAUGCGUCACUGUAUUGUGUGCCUUUAAUUUUCUCUCACAGUAAUACGUCUCUCCAGCAAGUAUUUUAAUCUGUGCUGGCGUGCAGCUGAUCCAUAUUACUAACCGAGAAUGCUAAACCGGAUGAUGGACGCAGGCACAUCCGGCAAUGGGCCGUAGCUGCAAAAAGACGUACUGCGCAGGCGCAAAAAGAGUCCGCGAGGGUCGGCUGAGGAGCCGAGAAAGGCGGAUAGAAGAGGGCGAGAGAGGCGGAUGAGAGGCCGCGAGAGGCGGACAAGACCACAGAAAAAAGGAGUGAGCACAGGAAAAAUUGAGAAAUGAGGCGCAAACAGCACCGAAAAAAGGAAACGGCACAUAAAAAAGUAUUCAAACGCAAGCAAAGCACGAAACACAUUGCACACGAAACUAGACCCAAAAAAAAAAAAAAAAAAAAGAGGCUCGCGCACAACAGCAAGGCACCCCCCCCCUACAGGCACCGGACGGGACACACACCAAGAGGGGGAUUCAACAAGCCCAUGGAACACAAAAAAAAGAACACAAAACCACCCCACAGACCCUACAAGCAAGGGACGGGACACACACAAAGAGGGGGAUUCAACAAGACACAGGAACACAAAAAGAAAGAAGACGCUCGCGCGACAACAAUCCUCAACCCCCACACCCCCCCCCCCCCCCCCCACACACACACACACA